AUGAUUACCGAGGUUCUUCAAGAGGUUCGGGACUAUCCUGUAUUAACCCUCGGUCCUGUUUGCGUGUCGGCUCUCGGUGGCAUUGCAACGCUCGCCUGGAAAUCCAAACGUUUCGCUUCUUGGCGCGCGAGCCGCUUUGUCAAACUGCCUGUGAAUCUCCGAUCGGUCAACGGCAAGUCGACAGCGACUCGUUACACUCUUCGUCGAUUGCAAGAAAUGCGCCAAAUCGCGGGUGCUUGCGUGGUUGACUGCGCAAACAUUGCACAAGUCAUGUCGGAAGAGAAAGUCACCAGCCUUUCGUUGGCACUCCGCUAUCAGCUGUUCCGCGAUAUGUCUAUUCCUCGCGAUAGUCGAAUGGCGCCCCAAUUGUCAGCUCUGUUCAAGAAGGCAGCCAACGAAUCAGGCCGGCGUGUUGUCCUGAUGUUGGACCAGUUCGAGUUGUUGCGCAAGGUUGCCACGGAAGACGAGCUCCAUGUCAUGGUGAAGGGCAUGGCACUGGAUGCAGUGCAGGCGAAUGUGCACACCGUUCUGAUCAACGUGGCCGACAGCGAGUUUGCCAAGAAAAUGGAGUCUUGGAACAACAACGAGAAAAUUGUUGCACUCGAAAGUCUCAAGGACUUCGCCUGGACGAAAGAGGAGCUUCAAGCUGUAGUGAAUCAGUAUCGAAACCACGAUGUCAACUUGGAAUAUAUGACCGAUGAAGAAGCUGACGCUGCCUUUGCAGAGUGCGAUACUGUUGGAAAGAUUGUGACUGCCCGCAAUCGCUAUGUUGAAAACCGACUUCCCUUGAACCUCGAGCUUCCCAAGAAACUUUGA